AUGUCGGAGUAUUAUUCAAAAAAUAACAAUACCACUCCACAAAAUAAUAGAGAGCCACCUCAUUUACUUUCUUCAAGCUUUAUACAGCAAGAGUUGAACUCUCCAGCGCAAAAGUUUUCAAACAUGUCUGAAAAUGGAUACCAUACUGUAACAGAUCAAUUCGGAAUGCAUACGCAAAGUUCUGUUCCAAUAUCCGAACCUCCGCCUUAUGAUGCACCGACGCCUGAUGAUUUCAGUCAUCAACAACUUUUUAAUCCGGAAGAUACCCACUUUUUGCUUCACGACUUCCUUGGUCAAACGUCAUCGUCACCGUCUCCCACAGGAGAUUUAUUAAAUCGUCAACAAUUCUCUUCUUCAAAUUCAACUAGUUUAUCACCACGUACAUCAAACAUUACACUUUCUUCUUCCCCCCCUCUUCCUUCGCGUAACAAUUCUCAUAAUCAUAAUAACAUUAGUAAUGGUGAUGGUGGUGUUGGUGAUGAUAUAUCCUCGGAGGGAGGAAAUCCGGAUGGACCAUCAACACCGACCGUCCCGUCUAAACGUAAAUCAGAACAUGAUGAUGAACGUGUUAGACGUAGAACUUCAAAUCCGAGGUUGAAUCCAAUUAAUACUAAACUUCCAAUGACUCAAUCAAAUAGCAAUACUCCAACAAGUAGUAAUAAUAACUCUCCAUCACCGAGUACCCCGAAUAGGGAACUCAUUAAAUCAAAGAAUGAUGAUGAUGACGACGAAUUAGUGAAUGCUACUUCCGCAAACACUUCAAAUAUGGACAAUUUGAAUGACGAAUUCUCAUCUGCGGAUAUUAAAACGGAAUCUUCGUCAACAAAACAAACACCACAAAAGUCGAGCAGAAAACCAUAUAAAGAACUUCUUACGGAAGAAGAAAAAAGAGCAAAUCAUAUUGCUUCGGAACAAAAACGUAGAAAUACAAUUAGAGCAGGUUUUAAAGAAUUAACAGACAUUAUACCCACCCUUAAAAAUGUUAAUAAUUCAAAAAGUACUAUUUUAUUUAAGGCUGUAGAUUAUAUAAAAUAUUUGGAAAGAAGGAAUCGUAAUUUAAAAGAACGUGCCGUUGCACCUAUGCCAAUUAAUUACGGAGUUAUACCUAAUGGGGGUUUGACCGCUAUUCCCAUUGGACAUCAUCCGCAACCAUCACAGCAACAACACGUUAUGGGCCCACAUCAUCAAAUAUAUUUUGUUCCAACUACUCCAACUUCCGAAAAUCCCUCGUCAAUGAUUCCUGCUGGCAGUGUUGUUUCACCUGUAGUAAAUUCAACGAACAAUAUAUUUAGUAGAGGUGCAAUGGGUAUGCAAAUAUCCAAUAUGCCUUUAUCAUCACAACAAAAUCAUCAUCAUCCACAACAAGAUAAUGUUCCUGGUAUGAACAUUCCUACAAUGGGAAGUGAUGAUGGCAAUAAUGGUGGUGUUGAUAUUGACGGUGAUUCUUCUAUGCUUGGAAUGAACGGUAAUGCUACUCGUGUUGGAGUAAAAUGUUAA